AUGGCGGUGCGGAAGAAAGACGGCGGCCCGAAUGUAAAAUAUUUUGAAGCUUCUGACACAGUCUCGCAGUUCGACAAUGUCCGCGUAUGGUUGGGCAAGAAUUACAAAAAGUACAUCCAGGCAGAGCCUCCCACCAACAAGUCCCUGUCCAGCCUGGUGGUGCAGCUGCUGCAGUUCCAGGAGGAGGUGUUUGGGCGCCAUGUCAGCAACCCCCCCCUCACCAAACUGCCGAUGAAGUGUUUUCUGGAUUUUAAGUCAGGAGGAGCACUCUGUCAUAUCCUGGCGGCUGCCUACAAGUUCAAGAGUGACCAGGGAUGGCGCAGGUUUGACUUCCAGAACCCGUCCCGAAUGGACCGCAAUGUUGAGAUGUUCAUGAACAUUGAAAAGUCCCUGGUGCAGAAUAACUGUCUCAGUCGGCCAAUCAUCUAUCUCAGUUCUGAAAUUGAGCCAAAGCUAUUGGGGAAGAUAAAGGACAUCAUAAAACGACACCAGGGCUCGGUGACUGAGGACAAGGCGGCCAGUUCGCAUGUGGUGGUCCCGAUACCAGCAAGCCUGGAGGAGGAGGAAUGGGUGCGUCCAGUGAUGAAGAGAGAUAAGCAGGUUCUGCUUCACUGGGGGUAUUCCCCUGACAGCUAUGACACCUGGAUUCCUGCCAGUGAGGUGGAGGCCUCUGUGGAAGAUCCCCCCAGUCCAGAGAAACCAAGGAAGGUGCAUGCCAAGUGGAUCCUGGACCUGGACCAGUUCAAUGAGUGGAUGAAUGAGGAAGACUACGAGGUGGGCGAGGGCGGCCCCAGGAGGAAGAGGAUCUCGGCCAAGACCCUGACAGAUGAGGUGUCCACCCCAGACGAGCGGCGGGACCGGAAGCCGGGCAGCGCCAAGAAGAGGAAGCGCUCGCCUUCGCCCUCCCCAACCCCACCGCCCCAGGAGAGCAAGAAGAAGAACACCAAGAAGGGACCCACGACUCCAUACACCAAAUCAAAGCGGGGGCAUCGGGAGGAGGAGCAGGAAGACCUGACCAAAGAGCUGGACGAGCCAUCGCCUGUGCCCACGGUGGAGGAGGUCACUCUGCCCAAAGCUGUGAACACAAAGAAAGACUCAGAAUCGACCCCAGUAAAGGGUGGCACUAUGACUGACCUUGAUGAACAGGAGGACGAGUCUAUGGAAAUAGUGGGGAAGGAGGAAGAGGAGGGCUCCCCCAGUGUGAAAGGAGAGCCGGUGAAGAGCACUGACCUUCACGAAGACAACGUGACGGAGCAGACCCACCACAUCAUCAUCCCCAGCUACGCCGCCUGGUUCGACUACAACAGUGUUCACGCCAUUGAGCGCAGAGCCCUCCCAGAGUUCUUCAAUGGGAAGAAUAAGUCCAAGACUCCAGAAAUUUACCUCGCCUACAGGAACUUCAUGAUAGACACAUACCGCCUCAAUCCCCAGGAGUACCUCACCUCCACAGCCUGCCGCAGGAACCUGGCCGGCGACGUGUGCGCCAUCAUGAGGGUGCAUGCGUUUCUGGAGCAGUGGGGUCUGAUCAACUACCAGGUGGAUGCAGAGAGCCGGCCCACCCCCAUGGGUCCACCCCCCACCUCCCACUUCCACGUGCUGGCUGACACGCCCUCCAGCCUGGUGCCCCUGCAGCCUAAAGCCACUCAGGCCCCCGCCUCCCAGCAGAUCCUGUCCUUCCCAGAGAAGGUGAAGGAGAAGCCCGCAGACCUGCAGAACUUCGGCCUGAGGACCGACAUUUACAGCAAGAAGAGCGGGCCUGCCAAGAGUAAGAGUGCCGCCAGCGCCACACGAGAAUGGACAGAACAGGAAACCCUGCUGCUGCUGGAGGCCCUGGAGAUGUAUAAGGAUGACUGGAACAAGGUGUCGGAGCACGUGGGCAGCCGCACGCAGGACGAGUGCAUCCUGCACUUCCUGCGGCUGCCCAUCGAGGACCCGUACCUGGAGGAGUGUGCCGCGUCUCUGGGGCCCCUGGCCUUCCAGCCCGUGCCCUUCAGCCAGGCCGGCAACCCCGUCAUGAGCACCGUGGCCUUCCUGGCCUCUGUGGUGGACCCCCGCGUGGCCUCCGCCGCCGCCAAGUCCGCCCUGGAGGAGUUUUCGCGGAUGAAGGAGGAGGUCCCGGCGGCGCUGGUGGAGGCCCACGUCAGGAGGGUGGAGGACGCGGCGCGGUCCAGCGGGAGGCAGGACCCCCUGUACGGGCUGGAGGGCAGCGGCAUCGCCGGGACUGACCUGGAGGAGGGAGACCGGCCAGAGGAGAGCAGUGAGGAGACCAAGAGCGAUGGUCAGCCCAGCGAAGAGCGACGAGAGAGCAAGGAGAUUAAGGAGGGAGCGAUGGAAGAGGAGGAGAAGCAGGGGGAGAAUGGAAAAAAGGAGGAAGAACGGGUCAGAGAGGGAGAAGGAGAGAGAGAGGGAGAGAAGGCAGAUUCUGAAGUGGGUAACGGAGAGAAGGAGAAGGAAGGGCGAGAGGGAGCUGAGGAGGCACGGAGGGACGCAGAAGCUGAGGGGGAGCGGAAAGCUAAAGUGGAACGGGACGUCGGGGAGGGGAACCUGGCCACUGCUGCAGCCUCUGCUCUGGCUGCUGCUGCAGUCAAAGCCAAGCAUCUGGCUGCUGUGGAGGAGAGGAAGAUAAAGUCUUUAGUGGCUCUGCUGGUGGAGACUCAAAUGAAGAAGCUGGAGAUCAAACUGAGACACUUUGAGGAGCUGGAGACCAUUAUGGACAGAGAGAGGGAGGCGCUGGAGUACCAGCGGCAGCAGUUGCUGGCGGACCGGCAGUCCUUCCACAUGGAGCAGCUGAAGUACGCGGAGAUGCGUGCCAGACAGCAGCACUUCCAGCACAUCCAGCACCAGCAGCACAGCCAGACCCCCCCUCAGCACCCCGCCAGCGCCCCCCUGGCCCCGCCGCAGGGCCCCGGCACGCCCGGGCCCCCCCCGGCCCCCAGCCCAGCCCCGUGCCCCCCCCUCCUCCGCGGGCUCCGUGUCCUCCGGCCCGGCAGCCGAAAGCACGGCCCCUCACACGCCCCCCACCGCCCCGCCCGGACAGACCCCCACCCCCCAGCCCCCCUCCACACACGCACCAGCACUCCACGGUGA